UCCUAUAGCAAUCAUAUUGUACAUCGAUCGGUCAGAAUGACAGCGGCCGGCGGCAGCAACAGGAAGUGGGCCGUAGACCUGGAGAAGACGCUCGGGGAAGGCGACGUGGUGUUGGAGCUGGGGCGGUGGGAGCGUCAUUGCAUCUACCGCGUGCCGGCGAGCAUCAAGAACAAGAACCUCCGGGCGUACCAGCCGCAGCUGGUGUCGCUAGGCCCCUUCCACCACGGCGAACCUCACCUGCUGCCCAUGGAGGAGCACAAGCGCCGGGCGCUGGGGCGCCUUCUCCGGCGCUCGGGGCGGUCGUUUGACGAAUUCGUCGCUGCCGUCGAGGACGUCGCGGAAGAGCUGGAGCACGCCUACAUGGACCUCGGCGAUGAGUGGGCCGCUGGUCGGGGCCCCGGCAGCAGGGAGCGGUUCCUGGAGAUGAUGAUCCUCGACGGGUGCUUCCUGCUAGAGGUGAUGAGGCGUGCGGCCGCCGGCUUCGACCACCACAACGACUACGCACCCAACGACCCAAUCUUCAGCAGCGACGACCCAAUCUUCUGCAGCCACGGGAUACUGUACCACAUCCCCUCUAUCAGGCGAGACAUGCUGAUGCUCGAGAACCAGCUGCCGCUGCUCCUGCUCCACAAGCUCAUUGGGGUUCAGAGGGAAAGUCCUCCGGGCGACGACUUUAUCAACCGAAUGGUGGUAAGGUUUUUGGCCCCAUUUUCACGGCCACCAACUCCUGUAGGUCGCCUAGGGCUCCACCCACUCGAUGUCUUUCGCUGGAGCAUGCUCUUCGGUGAGUACCAGAGGUUCAGAGUGCCGGAGUUCGACUCCGACGACACCAUCCGGUCGGCAGUGGAGCUCUACCAAGCUGGGAUCCGGUUCAAAACGAGCAAUUCGAGCAGUCUACACAACAUCCGUUUCAGGCGCGGCGUCCUCAGCAUGCCCAAGUUGCCAGUGGACGACUCCACCGAGUACACUCUCUUCAACAUGGUGGCGUUCGAGCGGCUGCACGUCGGCACCGGAUCCGCCACCGGGAGCGCCAUCAUGGCCUACGUCUUCUUCGUGGACUGCAUCAUCCAAUCGCCCAAGGACGUGGCGCUGCUGACCUCAAAGGGGAUCAUCCGGAAUUCCCUUGGCAGCGAAGAGGCCGUGGCCAUGCUGUUCCACAGCCUUGCGAGGGACGUGGUGCUCGAUCCGGACGGCGCGCUCAGCGCCCUGCUGCGGGAGCUCAACGGCUACUCCAGUCUGCCGUGGGAAAUGUGGUUCACUAACCUCAAAAGGACCUACUUCGGGAGCCCGUGGGCGUUUAUGUCCCUCUUAGCCGCCGCCUUCCUCCUCCUCAUGACCGUCCUGCAGACCGUCUACACCAUGCGGCAGUUCUAUCGGGACGGCUAAACCCCGCCAAAGGGGCAUACGUACGUGAUUUGGUUAUCGGGUUAAUAAAUCACUUAUGGUGUAAGGAUAACAAAAAGGGCCAAAGGGGCAUACGUGAUUUGUACCAUAAGUGGUCCCAGUGCAAGCUGAAAAUUAUUAGUACUAGUCGCCAACCCGUGCAGCUGCACGGGCUAGCAUCAGAAAAAAAAAACUGAGAGUGAAAAUAUGGAAAGGCACCUGUUUGUAUGAAUAACUGU